AUGAAGGAUAGCAAGUUUAUGCAGCGGAUAAAUGCUCUGAUGGGCAUGAGCAGUGCUGUGGGCCCACUGAAAGAGCAAAUGCUAGUGCAGCUCAUCCAGGAGGACCCACGAGUCCUCGAGGCGAUGGCUGCUGCGCAAGGAUUGCUUGUUACAAGGGGCUCCGACGCACAACCUCCGCCAGCUCCUGCAGCUACUCCAGCCGCGCCUACGGAAGCUUCACUGCCAAAGGCCGCUGAAGAGAGCUCAGAGCAAAAGCAGGCUGACAAAUUGAAAGCUGAAGGCAAUCGCUUGUACAAAAAGCGAAAGUUCAGCGAAGCACUGGAAAUGUAUGACAAGGCCCUCGAGAGAGUUCCUGAUGACCUCACCUACCACAACAACAAGUGUGCAGUGUGGAUGGAGAUGGGCGAAGAAAACUACCCGAAGGUUCUCAAAACCUGUGAAGACCUUAUCUCCCAACGCUACGACAUCAACUCCAGAAAUCCAGGAGGAGCAUCCUUCGAAAAAGUUGCAAAGGUGUACCUCAGAAUGGCCUCUGUGUUUGAAAAGCAAGAGAGAUUUGAGGAGGCCAUUGCUAUGUACAACAAAGCCUUGACGGAAGACAAUAACAAACAAACCAGAAAUGCUCUCAGAGAAGCAGAGAGAGCGAAGGAAAAGUUCGAGAAAGCCAGAUACGUGGAUCCUCAGAAAGCCGAGGAACACAGAGAAAAAGGCAAUACGUUCUUCAAAGCAAAUGACAUGGUUGCAGCGAAGCAGGAGUAUGAUGAAGCCAUCCGAAGAAAUCCGAUGGAUGCGAGACUGUACUCAAACAGAGCCGCUGCUCUCACCAAGCUUCUCGCCUACCCGGACGCAUUACGUGACUUGGACGAGUGCUUGAAGCUGGAACCAACCUUCAUCAAGGCAUACUCCCGGAAAGGAGCGGCCCACUUUUUCAUGAAGGAGUACCACAAGGCUUUGGAAGCUUACGACAAGGGCUUGGCCCUAGACAAGAGCAAUGAAGAAUGCAAGAAAGGCAAAGAACAGGUCCUUUCAAAGAUCAUGGAGACGCAGUCAAACGACGUUGAUGAGGAGCAGGUGCAGCAUGCAAUGGCAGAUCCGGAGAUUCAGAGAAUGCUCCAUGAUCCUCAGGUACGAUUGUUUCUGAGGACGCUUGAGGAGAAUCCAGCUGAGGGUCAGAAGGCGAUUCAAAGUGAUCCACGAUUGAGGGAGAUCGUCUCGAAACUGGUAGCAGCUGGCAUCAUCCGGACCAGAUAG